AUGAGGUGCACACUGCUUACCCAACCCCCAGCAAGCGACACAGAAAAACUGGCCCUGGCUUCCCGCAUUUCAAGCUGUUCCGAACAGCUAGGACGAUAUAACGGUCUUCUCGAGGAAGAAUCCAACCGGCGGCAUCAGCUCGCGCUAAAACUGCGCGCGUAUCAGAUGCGACUCAAGGAUCGUAUCAAGGAAGCUGAAUCGGAAAUGGAGACUUUGAAAAAAAAUUUGGAACACGGUGAUGCCUUAAGAAAAGAAUUACACAAUCAUCUGUCCAGCUUGCCCGAUUUAAAUCUUUUGCCGGAUAUGACUGCUAACCUGGAUCCUUUGCCAACCGUGGGUGAUCUGUUUGGCUGA